AUGAGCUCGCGAGUAGACGAAUCCGACCUUACCAUCUCAACCACCAAGGAGCUGGUAACGGCGCACCCGGAGGCGUGCGCCGUGGUUUACCAGGCCGUCUGCGCGGAAGCCAUCCGCGUCGUUUUUGCUCUCUUCACGCUCUCGCAGUCUGGAGUGGGGGAGCUAGGAAAUGAGUUACGUUGCUGUCGAACGGCCAUGAGUGAACGCUGGCGCUCCCCCGUGGAAGCUGUGCACCACUUCGCGCCUCAGUGUCACGUCCGGAGCUCGUCGCUCUUUCAGCACACGUCUUCGCAUGACGGCACCCCCGCCAGACCGCAAAGCCAAGGAAGCGGGGAACAGUUGCGCGUGUUGUCCUCCUCCACUGAAGCCCGGGGAUGCAUCACCCACGCCUCCCUCUACGGCCUCCUCACGGCGGCACAUCUGUUGCGCUGCUCAACGUGGACGGCUGCGUUCCUCGUGCAGGGUGUCUGGGUAGAAGGACAUUCAGCUCUGGCACAGGCACCGCAGCUACUCGCGCAAGCCCGGGCCGCCGAGGAGUUGUGCACGCGCGAGCCUGGAUGGUGUGCGACGGCUCUCGUCCAGUUCACCGAAUGGCUGCUGUUCUCACUUAGCCCCCACUUUCCCUCCUCCCUGGUGUCGACGCUGCCGUCGCGAGCGUUGAGUGUGGCAGAGGUAGAACAGACCGCCACAGACUGUCGCGACGUUGGUUUGGGAAGCUGGCCCCCUGUUCGUAGUGCUGCUGACGGAGCUCUACGUGAUGCCUCGAUGUCCGCGGCGCACCAGCGCACGGUCUUCGUCGCCGAUCCUCUGCCGCUCUACUUUCCCUUCUUGCCGAAUGGAAAGGAGCGCAGCCGAGCCUUCGCAUCAGCGCCGUGGCACCUUUCUCGCGUUGCGGACGCCCUUGAAAGUGGAUGUGCUCAUCGCUGGCUUCUGAAUGACCUGCCUCGUUGGUGUGCGCAGGUUGCGUUGGAGGAGCAGAGCAAGAGGUGGCACCGCACCUCUCUUCUAAGAAGCUCGCUGGAGCGGUGGCGGGCGCGGCGCGGCUUGCGGGUGGUAGCACAUCUCUCCCACGCAGCGGCGUCUGCUCCAGUGGAAGAUCCGCACUCGCCGGCAAUGGCAGCUGACUCCUUCAGUCCCCUUCCGCAGACAAGAACGCCGCUUUACGCUGGGGUGCGAAAGGUGGUGGAAGGGGUGCUGUCAUCGCCUUCAGUGCCCGGCGAUGCCUUGGAAACGGCUCCGUUGUCGCACACGAUCGCCACGCAGACAAUGGCAGGAACGCCGCGCAUCGACAAGGUCGAUAGCGGGGGUAAUGGGGAGCCUCCAGCAUGGAGCUUCAGAGAGGUGCUGGCUGCCGACGUAUCGACGAUCGCAGACGAUACAGCGCCGCCUCCAUCGAUCCCGAGUCAGGACACUCAGCGUACAAGCUUACCAGCUGCAGAAGUGUUCGCGUACACCGGCCGCGCAGACGCCGCCGCAAGUGCGUCAAAUACACGCCGACUCGACAGCGUAUUGCGUGGCGAGCUGACAAUGCAAGAAUUGCCUUCACGCAACACGGGUGUCGAGGAGCACACAAGCAGCCGGAAUGAGGAGUGUGGCCAGAACCAACCUGCGCGUCAACGAAAGACUCCCCCGCAGCAGGUGCGAGGCGGCGCUGAGGACGCUUUAGCUACCAGCACCCCAGCCUCGACCUCGUCCUCGAAGCGUGGCCCUUCAGCAGAUGCAAGCCACUUCCCCGCCGCAUCCAACCUUACAGCAAGCUCUGCGCCCGCCCUCUCCGCCCGAGAAGCGAAGCAGGAAGAGCUGGCCCGCUUCAUGGCGCAGAGGCGCGAAAACACCGUCCUUCGACAGGCAUUUUUACAUUGGCGUGAUCGCCGCUUGUACGAGUCUCUGGCAGUCCGCCUUAUGCGGAUACAGCGGCGGGAGUCGACGAGAGCGCGGUGCUGGGCUCAGUGGAGGCGUCGCCGAGGGGCGAUCGUGCAGCGUGACAAGGAAAUGCGCGACGUCGCGCGUUGCGACGUCUACACGGAACAGAAGGCGCUCCAGUACUUUCGCGCGCUUCUGCAGCGCUGGAAGACGGCUGCCCUGGUGCGGCGGUUCCGCAUCUCCACAGCAGGGCAUCGCGUACUCCGGGCCUGGAAAUGUAGUACCCGCUUCGCACAAGCCCAGCGCGCCAUCCAGCAGCAGCUGAUUGGAGCACGCCGAGUGAAGUGGCAGGCCUGGACACGGUGGCAGGAGCGCCGCCAGGAGUGCGUCGCCGAUCGUCACCGCGGCCUAAAACAUGGCGCCGCAACUCUGUUGCUCAUGAGGGAUGCCUGUGUUCGCCGGCAGAAGUCCCGCGUCGCCACGUCGCAGUGCAACAUCGUCGUUCUGAAACGCGCCCUGCAGCGGUGGGCGCUGCAAUGCGCGAUCGCCACACGAUUGAGAAGCUUCAUCGAAUCACGACAGCCGCGCACCACUCUGGUUCGGCAAGCGUGGAAGACUUGGCGAUCGCGGUGGCUGGCACGGCAGCUGCAGCGAGAGCAAGAGCACCGGCUUCGCGCGUUUCGAGUGGCACGACUGGCUGAAGUCUGCUUCGCGCGGUGGGUGCAACGAUGGCGGCGCGAGACACACAUUCGGACCUGCGUGGCGCGGCAGCAAUGCCGCCACGUUCUCCGUCCCUUGUUUCUCCAGUGGCAGCAACGCAUGCAAGUGUGCUUCAUUGUGAGGCAGGCGCAAGAGGAACUGGCGCUAAAGGUCAGCGAGCAGCUGUGCGGGAGAAGAAUCCUGCGUACGUGGCGCCGAAGAGCUGCGCAGCACGCUGCAGGCCGUCGGGGACUUCUCGAAGCGUUAAUGGACGCAGAUGCAGAUCGUCUUUUGCGGCUCAACCGACUCGCCCGCACUUUUUACCACUGGCGUGCGCACGGCUUUGUGCUGCGGCGGUACCACCUGGACCGACGGCGCGGCCUGCCCGUCGCCGCCUACGGCGCCGCGGGGAUGGGAAGCGGCAGAGGGCAUGAGGCGGUGUUCAGCAUCGCGGGACGCACCGGUGUCGGACACCAUUCAGAGGCAGAUGUCGACACGGAAGACUGCGAGAACUUCGCCGAUCCGGCCACCACGCUACCGCUACCACCCCCUCCGAGCUCUGCCGCGUCUCCACCGGUGCUUCCUGGCCGCUCGCGACGAGGUCGCCUGGAGUAUGCCCGCCGCGUGCCGACACGCUCUGCGGUAUCCGCGCGAUCGCCGAAGAGGCUCCCAGCUUGCCGCAGCAGCGCAACUUCCGUGCGCCAGAGCACCGCGGCGGCGGCAGCAGCUCGCCAUGAACCAACAAGCACAUGGCGUGGUAGCAGGGAUGACGAAGGUCGUGCGGCCGCCCUCUCUGCACCACAUGGCGGCCCGCGAGUCAUUCUCUGUAAGCAGCUCGCCGUUCCGCCUCGAAGACGCGCCCUUGCUCUGCAGAGACAAUUGCUGGCGACGCAACUGCAACAGCGGCCUCUCUUCUCUCGGGAUGCGUGUGUGCGAGCCGCAUCUACCGGGUCGCGAUCGACGCCACCACCCCGACCUGUGUUCUCAGAGCCCCCGUAUUCCACCUCAGCGGCCCCACGCAGAACAACACGUCCGAGGACACCACCGCCCUCCAGCACCCCCGGCCAGCACUGGCACAGUAACCUGAGCGGCAGCGAUGCAGAAAGCCCAGCAUCGCGGCGAUCGCGCACGGCGACUCCGCUAUUCACCGCACGUGACGCUCAGUGUGCACUGCGGUCGCCCCGCAGCGCCGCCCUUGUCGAGUCACCUCACUCCUCACCUCCGCAGCUGCGACAGUCACAUAGUGGCGCUCAUGUGCGCGGUUACGAUGACUGUGCGACGCUCGGAUCGAGUUCUGCGUCUUCCACCCCCGCCCACCGCCUGCUCGGUCAGAUGGAGCGGCUGCUUCGGCGCAUCCGCAACUUGGAGGCUGGGUACCCUGCCCAGGCAACCGCAGCUGUGUGA